AUGGCGCCCGUCCAAUUCCAAUCCAAACUUUACCUCUCACUAUCACUUCUCCUCUUCCUUCCCUCCACCGUCACCUCACAGAGCUACCGCAACGUACCGCUGGGUUCAUCCCUCACCACCGAAUCAAACUCUAGCUGGCUGUCCCCGUCCGGCGAAUUCGCGUUCGGGUUCCAACAGAUCGCCCCCGACGGCGGCUACUUGCUCGCCAUAGUGUUCGACGAAAUUCCCGAGAGAACCGUCGCCUGGUCCGCCAACCGCAACAACUUGGUCCCCCGCGGGUCCAAGCUCGAGCUCACUACCUCCGGCCGCUUGGUCCUCACCGACCCAUCUGGCCGCCAUGUCUGGUCUCCCAACUCCGAUCCGGCUUCCCACGCUGCCAUGCUGGACACGGGCAACUUCGUGCUGGCGGCCAACGAUUCCUCGACUCUGUGGGAGAGCUUCCAGGAACCGGCUGAUACUCUGCUGCCCACCCAGACCCUGGAGCAAGGUUCCCAGCUCAUAGCCAAAUACUCGAAAUCGAAUCACUCCCAGGGUAGAUUCAAGUUCAUCCUGCGACGCGACAGGAAUCUGUUCCUGCACGCCACGCAUUAUCCUGAAAUGCGCGCCGGCAUUUCGUACUGGCCACCUGCAGCAGGUGGCCAGUACUACUACACCGGGGACAGAGUGGUGUUCAACCAGUCGUCUCUGUCCCUGGACCUGAUCUUGAACAACGGGACGGUGGUUUUUCCCGUGUUCAACAACAACAGAGGGUCGUCUAGCCGAGAUUUUUAUCACAGGGUGACCCUCGAUUACGACGGGGUUUUGAGGUACUACGAGUACCCAAAGAGCAACGGGAAAAAUUCUAAUAAGGUUUGGAGCAGCGUAUAUUUCAAACCGCCGAAUAUUUGCACCGCGGUCACUGGAGACAUGGGAAGUGGAGCUUGCGGGUACAACAGUUACUGCGAAUUGGUGAACGAUCAAAAUCCCAAAUGCAGUUGCCCUCCGGGUUACGUUCUCAAGGACUCAUAUGAUGAGAGCAAAGGGUGCAUUCCCGAUUUCGCCCCGCAGGACUGCCGUCUCCAGGAGGGAAAUAGCGAUGCAUUUGAACUCGUGGACAUGCCCGCAGUGGAUUGGCCACUCCACGACUACGAAUCUUUCGAGUUCUACACGGAGGAUAUGUGUCGACAGUCUUGUUUGAGUGACUGUCAAUGUGCUCUGGUCGUCUACGGAAAAGUUUUGCUGGAAGAAGAAAAGUCCUUUGUCGAAUGGAAGAGUAGCAUACGACAAGACCGAGAAAUCGUUAGUCAAAGUGAGGAGAUCUAA